AUGAGCUGUUGGCGACACCUGCUGGUCAAAAGUACAGGACGUGGUGACGUCAGAUCAUGUGACUCAGUUGUCAGUCUCCCAGGCAGCGGUUGAGACCAUUUGAGGAAGAUGGCGGACUUGCUGUCGACAGGUCUGGGAGACGAGAAAGAGGGGGAGAAGGCUGACAGAGAGAGGGAUAGAAAGGCUGGCAAAACCGAGAAGAACAAAGAGAACGACGGAGUCACAGAAACACUGGGGUUCAGCGAUAGAAAUAGCGGUCGGAGUGACAAGAAACGCAACCUGUCAGACUUUUCUCUGAUAAGAUUUAUAACUACUGAGCUCACCAGAGGCUAUUUCCUGGAACACAAUGAGGCCAAAUACACAGAGCGCAGAGAGAGGGUCUACACCUGCCUCCGCAUCCCCAAGGAGCUGGAGAAGUUGAUGACAUUUGGCUUCUUCCUUUGUCUGGAUGCCUUUCUCUACGUGUUCACCCUGCUGCCCCUCAGGGUGAUUCUGGCCCUUUUACGGCUCCUCACAUUGCCAUGCUGCGGCCUAAGUGGCUCCCGCCUGCUUCAGCCAGCCCAGGUGUGUGAUGUGCUGAAAGGCUUCAUUAUGGUGCUCUGUUACUCAAUGAUGAGCUAUGUGGAUUACGCCAUGAUGUACCACCUCAUCAGGGGACAGUCUGUCAUCAAGCUCUACAUUAUCUACAACAUGUUAGAGGUGGCAGACCGCCUGUUCUCAUCAUUUGGCCAGGACAUCCUGGAUGCUCUGUACUGGACGGCCACUGAACCCAAGGAGAAGAAGAGAGCACACAUAGGCGUUAUUCCACACUUCCUCGUGGCCGUACUCUAUGUCUUUCUCCAUGCCAUCCUCAUCAUGGUUCAGGCCACAACUCUCAACGUAGCCUUCAACUCCCACAACAAGUCCCUGCUCACCAUCAUGAUGUCAAACAAUUUUGUGGAGAUCAAAGGAAGCGUGUUCAAGAAAUUUGAAAAGAACAACCUUUUCCAGAUGUCAAACAGUGGUAAGUGGUGAAUGAUAUGUAAAACAGGCAAAUCUACUGAU